UCCGGCUUGCCGUACUUGGCUCCGCCAUUGUUUGACAGUUGUCAUUGCUAACAAGACGCUCUCCAUGGUUACACACGCGUCAAAGAAACGUACAAGUCCUGUGAGGGUCAGUGAGCGGCUUCCCGGCAGUGCGGACAGCACUGGAGAGGACUCGCGCUCCGGACAGGGUACGAGAUGAAGACACAUUUUUCUUAGCCCGACCAAAGUGUCCCGAUGCUCGAGAGAAGCUGUUCCAUGGCCACUGUGUCACAGAUUUGCUACAAGACCAGAGAGGCUGAGACCUCGCCUGACAGGAUGUACACGGACUACAGAUCAAGUCAUCGAGUCGCAGGACUCAACACUCUGCCCUUCGAUCCGUCAACCAACAACGACCCUCUCCAGUUCAACGGUUCAAGCGGACCACUGGUGACUGAUUGCCCACCCUUGGAAAACACUACUGAGAAUAGCAAGAAGAGAAAGCGAGCCAGCCUGCCUCCAGAGGGCAUCUGUAACAUGACAAUGGACUCCAACUCGAUGACAAUGCCAAUGUCCGAUCCCAACGCCUGGGCCACCGCCAUGAACAACCUGGGAAUGCCUCCAAUACCAAUGACUGGGCAGCCACUCAUGCCAGAUUUCGACCCCAACCUGGGCAUGAUGGCCGGAAUUACCCCCAUGAACCCCAUGAUGCCCGGCCUCAGCAUGGUUCCUGCACCCCUUUCCCAGGAGCUGCCCGUUAUCAAGGAGAUCAUCCACUGCAAGAGCUGCACUCUGUUCCCCCCCAACCCCAACCUCCCGCCUCCGGCCACGAGGGAGCGACCUCCGGGGUGUAAAACGGUGUUUGUCGGCGGUCUGCCGGAGAACGCCACCGAGCAGCUCAUCAUGGAGGUCUUCGGGCAGUGCGGCGACAUCACGGCCAUUCGCAAGAGCAAGAAGAACUUCUGCCACAUCAGAUUUGCCGAGGAGUUCACCGUGGAUAAGGCCCUCUUCCUGUCGGGUUACCGUAUCCGCCUGGGCUCCAGCACAGACAAGAAGGACACGGGCCGCCUCCACGUGGACUUCGCCCAGGCCAGGGACGACCUGUACGAGUGGGAGUGUCGCCAGCGGAUGAUGGCCAGAGAGGAGCGCCACCGGCGCAAGAUGGAGGAGGACCGCCUCCGACCGCCGUCCCCUCCCCCCAUCGUUCACUACUCCGAGCACGAGUGCAGCCAGCUGGGAGACAAGAUCAAAGACGAUGGCAAGUUUGCAGAGGCGGUGCGCGUGCUCCUGACCUGGCUGGAGCGAGGCGAAGUGAACCGCAGAAAUGCCAACAACUUCUACUCCAUGAUCCAGUCGUCCAACAGCCACAUCCGGCGGCUGAUGGGCGAAAAAAGUCAGCACGAGAAGGAGAUGGAGGAGGCCAAGGAAAAGUUCAAGACCGCUCUGGCUGGCAUCUUGGCUCAAUUUGAACAGAUUGUGUCUGUAUUCCAAGCCGCUUCCAAACAAAAGGCAUGGGACCAUUUCUCCAAAGCUCAGCGCAAGAACCUGGACAUGUGGCGCAAACAAGCAGAGGAGAUCCGAAACAUGCACAACGAGCAGCUGAUGGGCAUCAGGCGAGAGGAGGAGAUGGAGAUGUCUGACGAUGAUAUGGAGGACGCCCCCGACAGCAAGGACUCCGAAGACUCAGGUGUUUUACAAGCAGAAGCCUUAAAGGAGGAGAACGACUCGCUGCGCUGUCAGCUGGACGCCUACAGGAACGAGGUGGAGCUGCUCAAGCAGGAGCAGGGGAAGAACCAGCCGAUGAGGAGCGAGGAGGACAGCACUCACUCUCAGCAGCUCAGCUUCCUGCAGCAGGCUCUGCAGGGCAUGCAGAAGCAACUGUUGAAAAUGAGGGAAGAACUGAAGCAGCGGGAGGCCGAGCUGGAGAACAGUCUGGAGGACAAACAGCAGCUGAAGAGCCAGGUCCAGAACCUGAAGGAGAGCCUGCAGAACCUGCAGAACGCGCACAACAUGCAGCUGGAGAUGUCGGAGCAGGAUGACAGAGGCAGCGAGGAGAGCGCUAAUCAAACCAGCGAAGCCACAGUAUCGACAGUGGUCUCCUGCAGCCAGGAGAAAGAAGGUCCCACGGAGAAGAGCCCGUCGAGCCCGGUCCACUCCGAGAGGGAAGCGCUGCUCGUCGGGAUCAUUUCGACAUUCCUGCACGUCCACCCGUUCGGAGCCAGCAUCGAGUACAUCUGCUCCUACCUGCAGCGCCUGGACACAAAGAUCAACCCCUCGGAGGUGGAGGCCCUCCUCUCCCGGCUGCCCUGCACCUUCAGACAGGAGCUGACCGGCGUGGGAGCCAGUCUGGAGAAACGCUGGAACUUCUGCGGCUUUCAGGGCAUCAAGAGCACAUAGACGACGACGCCGCCGCCGCCACCAGCGGCGACACUUGUGAGGCGUGCAAGAGACGCGACAGACGCGCAUGGUCAACGCAGAGACACGGUGGAAGAUGCGAAAGGAACGACUUGAAAGGCCUCCGGCAUCAAAGACUGCGAGCUGGACCUGGCUGAGCACGGACGCAGAGGACUCAGACCUGGAAGGAAUAUCUUAAAAGAUCAUUUCAGGGACUCUGUGUGGGUGGCGGGAACGUGAAACCGCAGCAUCUCCAUGGUUACGGGAAGGUUGACGCCAGGCCGCCAUGAUGAAGGCUUCAUGAGCUUCACCUCUGUUUCUUUGUGCCUGGGAGCCUCAGGAGCGCCGGGUCCUGCAGUCACUGGAUUAUUCCCCACGGGGGUGGGGGGGAGGGGGGCGGCAGGCAAGGCCUCUGACUUUUUACACACACAUCUGGCUCUGGGGCGUCAGAGUGGGCGGGGCUAAGCGGGGAGGUCGAACUCUUUGACCCUCCCUCCACUCUUCUUUUUGCUGUUUCUGGUUUGUACCAUAGAUCAAAAAUGGAUAUAUUUCUUCAUUUUCUGUAAAGGCCGUCAACGGGUGCAUAGAAUCAUUUGUUGUAAUACACUGUAAAUGCUUGGAUGAUAUUUUUGAUUAUAAAAAGACGUUUGAAUA